AGACCCAGCAACCAACUCCACGACAUCACGCCCAUCAUACACCAAUUCGUCCCAAGACAACUCUUUUACCUAUCGAAGACCCGUACUGCCUCACACAUCGAAUCUCACAAUGCGACCCGGCGUCCGCAGCACUGUCGACAGGCUCGACAGACCGAGCGCCUACUACCACGGCAAGAACAAGAGAAGAAGAGAUCGCGACGAUGACCGUGAAGAGCCCGCCGAGCCCCAGGUUGAUCCUCUAGCCAACGCAACCACCCUCUACGUCGGCAACCUCUCCUUCUACACAACCGAGGAACAAGUACACGAGCUCUUCUCCAAGUGCGGCGAAAUCAAGCGCCUCGUCAUGGGCCUCGACCGCUUCAGCAAGACGCCCUGUGGCUUCUGCUUUGUCGAAUACUACACACACGCCGACGCCCUCGACUGCAUGAAGUACAUUGGUGGCACCAAGCUGGACGAGCGUAUCAUCCGCACAGAUCUGGACCCUGGAUUCGAAGAGGGCCGCCAGUACGGCCGCGGCAAGUCGGGCGGUCAGGUCCGUGACGAGUACCGCGAGGACUUUGACGAGGGCCGUGGUGGUGUUGGGCGCGCCGUCCGAGGCGACGGCGACUACGAUGAAGAUGACCGUUACAGGUAAAUUCCAGAUUAAAUAGGGCUAUGGCGUUUUGCUUCUUUUGUACUUUUACUGUUCAAUACGAAUACCACCAUAUCAAAAGGCGAGCGCUAUGUGAGAGAUUGUGAAAAGUAUUAUGUGUUCUAUUGUUACAAGUGUUGAUUGCGUUGCGUGAAGCAUGUGCACCUGCUUCGUCCAUUCCAAGAAAGAAAAUGCAGUGUAAGCUUUCUUUUUGUCGUCCCCCAACCCGUGAAAAUAAAUAAAUGAUUGAACCAGAUGAUGCAGUUGUGUUUUUUGUACAAUGUGUCGUGUGACCUUCGUUCCCCCCCUUCGCUGCGUCGGUCGUCCUUCCCCUCGCCCAAUUGAUGUCGAAUCUGCUUAGAAACCAGGAGGGUUGAUGCGUUGCGAUACUCUCGUCCACUUUGGUACCUCUGUAGAUGGCAAUGCCUGUUAGCAAUGGCUCUUUGUCGUCCGAUACAGGAGUCCGGGGGGUUGAGGUCUGCGCGCAAACUUACUGUGAAUUCCCUUUCUGUAGCGCUUGGCGUUGCGGUCAAAGACGGUGUACUUGUCUCUAGGCAGCAUCUCAGCCUCGGUAGGCAUCUCCUCCUUCCAUCUCUCAAGGGCCUCGAGUGUCUGGCCCUUCUUUGCGAGAGCAGCGUCGAGGGUGGCCACGACGUUGUCGACGGCCUGCAGGCGCAUUCUGUGGCGGCGCUUCUGGAACUUGGACAGGCGCCACGGGAUCUUCCAGAGAAGACCACCGGAUAGCGGGUUUGUGAUUCGGAAGGGGCCAAACAUCGUGUGGUUGUCGUUUUUGGUGAUGCAAAUCGCGGUUCCAGCAGCCAAAAAGCGACUUUUCGG